AGGAAAUUCUAUUACACAGCACAUCAACAGACAGAUAACUACCUGAAACCGGGAAAACUAAAAAAUCAUGGAUAUUUAUUUGUGGAAAGUUGUGUGUAUUAUAUGUGCUCUACUCUUUAAUGCUACAGGUUCACUCUCCCAGUUGAAUGUGUGUGGCCGGGCUCCACUGAACACCAAGAUUGUCGGAGGUGAAGAUGCUGCUGCCGGGUCCUGGCCGUGGCAGGUCAGCUUUCAGAGAGGAGGCAGCCAUUUCUGUGGUGGAAGCCUGAUCAGUGAGAAAUGGGUCUUAUCAGCUGCUCACUGUUUCCAAAGCAUUACUGCACCUGAUAUCACAAUCUUUCUGGGAUUGGCAAGUCUGCAGGGUUUUAACUCUAAUAUGCAGACAGCAACCACUAGUAACAUUAUCAUCAACGAAGCGUAUGAUCCUGUCUCAAAUGACAAUGAUAUUGCACUAGUCGAGCUUGACUUUCCAGUGACUUUCAGCUCUUAUGUUGUGCCGGUCUGCCUCACAGCAAGCAACAGUUUUCUUCCUGCUGGCACUAAUGUCUGGGUCACAGGAUUUGGUAGAAUUGGUACAAACGUCAAUCUGCCACCCCCUGAAACCCUGCAGGAGGUGGAGGUGCCGAUUGUCAGUAACAGUGACUGCGCAAACAGUUACAGUUCUAUCACAAACAAUAUGAUAUGUGCUGGCUUAUCUCAGGGAGGGAAAGACUCGUGUCAGGGUGAUUCUGGAGGUCCAUUGGUGAUCAGGGUCAACGGAAUCUGGGUUCAGGCUGGGAUUGUGAGCUUUGGCCAUGGCUGUGCACAACCUAAUUUCCCUGGUGUGUACACCAGAGUGUCUCAGUACCAAGGCUGGAUAGACGGCUCGAGCGGCAGCAAUCAAACAGGAUUUGUUACAGUCUCAAAUGGCAAUCAGAGCUCCCCCAACCUCUUCUGUCUGUUCCUUUCUUUUCUCAUUAUCCCCUUUCUCUUAUCUCUCAGCAGCUUAUGGUAG